AUGCAGAAUCCAGCAUGCAACCAGCUGAGCCAGGCGUGCUGUGCCCGAAUCACCGGCCGAAUCGUGCGACACGUCCAGACUCUCACCAAGAUGUUCCGGCGCGUCAUCAUCGUCGACGAGACCCCGACGGCGUACAAGCUGCGGGACUCGGGAACCCCAAGCUGCUUGGUGAGACAGCUGCGCGCCGCCAUCGAGCAGAAGACCAGCGCCGAGUUCACAACCGCACCGGGCGAGGCCGACCACCAGCUAGCAGCAAUGCUCCGUCGCAAGGAGAUACACGUCGCGCUGUUCCCCUCGUCAGACAGUGACAUGCUGCUGCACGACGCAGGGGAUGGCAUCAUCGUAUUCCGCCACACACUGCAGCGCAAGGCGGGUCGCGUGAGGCUUCGUGGCGUCUGCAUUCGCAAGCGUCACAAGCUUUGCAUGGCAGAUGGCAUCGUGGCGAUCUUGGCGGGCUGCGACGUCUUCAAACGCGCCGCCACAGCCGACACCACCGCUGCUGCCACCGCCGACACCACCGCCGACACCACCGCCACAGCCACAGCCGACACCACCGACGCUGACACAGCUGACACCACAACCACCGCAGCCACAGCCGCAGCCACAGCCAACCGGCUGGGGUUCUGGCCCGCGGUAGCUGCUGUCGACCGGCACAUCCGGGCAGACGGCGACUUCAUCGCCAGUGCCGUCGCCUUCUUCUGCGGACCGGUGCACCUCGACGGCCGGGAGCAGAUGCUGGCGCCGAUGCCGGACAACUUCACCACCCUACGGCCGCCCCUGAACCAGGACAACGACCCACACCAACACUGCAUCCCAGGGCGAGUCAGGGUGAUGAAGAACACGAGCAGGCGGACAGGCAAGCGGGUCUUCAGGCGAAUCAGCAAGCAGAUCCACACAAGCAUGCAGCUUGCCCAAGAGUCCCCCCGUGUCCCCCAGCGCGUGCAAGAGCGCGAGGCAGGCAAGCAGGUUCAGACCCGAGCGCAGACGAAGGAGCAGAAGAAGCAGAGGGCGGAGACGCACGUGACGGGCAGAAAGAAGAAGAAGGAGGACACGAAAAAGAAGAAGAAGAACACGAAGAAGAAGGAUACCGCAAGUGUGGACGGCGGGGAUGAUGCCCGCUCGUUCUUCUGGCACGCGGAUACAGCUGCAGUUAUACCAGAGCCCGCGUCACCAGCAACCCCCCAGGCCAAGGCCGAGACACCCGUGCAGCUGCAGCACCAGUGGGGGCUUGUCAGUGUCGUGCCCCAUGGCCACGACACGACGGCGCCUUGUCUGUCAGACAAAAUCAUUGCCGCCCACAAGAAGCGUCAGGAGAAGAAGGCAAAGGAGAAGGCCGAGAAACGGGCGAAGCAGCAGGCCGCGAAGCAGAAGCAACAAGAACAACAACAAGAACAACAACAAGAACAACAACAAGAACAACAACAAGAACAACAACAAGAACAACAACAAGAACAACAACAACAACAACAACAACAACAACAACAACAACAACAACAACAACAACAACAACAACAACAACAACAGCAGCAGCAGCAGCAACAACAACAUCAGCAGCCUGCGGCGUCAGCGCAUCCACAGUCACACGCAGCACCACAGUCACCACCACCAAAGAAGCCAAGCACGCACCAGCGAUCAAGGAAGGUGCGAAUAUACCCUUCCAGGGUUCAACGUCAAUGGCUCAACACCUACUUUGCAGCAGCAACAGAAGCAUACAAUGCAGCGGUUGAUGAUCACAACGCAGGAGCAGCGUAUGACGGAGCCUAUGCGAGGCGGGACGGCGUACGGGUGCUGAUGCGCCUGAAUCAGCUCGCUGCCCUAACGGAUGAGGACCUGAAGCAGGCAUACACGCAGCAGGACGAGGCAGCACAGCGUCAGCAGCAACUAAAAGAGGAGUUUGAGCGACUUCUGCAGCCACCACCGCCACCACCCAAGAAGCCAAGCACGCACCAGCCUGCGGCGUCAGCACAUCGACAGGCACACGCAGCGCCAAAGCAACCACCACCACCACCACCACCCAAGAAGCCAAGCACGCACCAGCCUGUGGCGUCAGCACAUCGACAGGCACACGCAGUGCCAAAGCAACCACCACCACCACCACCACCCAAGAAGCCAAGCACGCACCAGCCUGUGGCGUCAGCACAUCGACAGGCACACGCAGUGCCAAAGCAACCACCACCACCACCCAAGAAGCAAAGCAAGAGACCGGGCUCCUCACCGGUAUCUCCCGCAGUGUUGUUGCUGCUGCGGUUGCAAAGCCAGGGGGACGACAAGGCGUGCUCGGGCGAUUGCGGCCAGGAUACCAGUCCAACGGGCUCAACCACAGCCUGCACACAACACCAGCAGCAGCCGUCGAAGAAAGCAAAGAUGCUUCCGCCCUUGCAGCUGCCGCAGGUCGAUGGCGCCGGUGACCUUGGCGAUGACGAAUUGGAUGGCGACCACCAGGACGACGACGCGCCAAGUGACGAUGCCCCUGGCCCUGCGACAAAGAAGGCAAAGAGCAAGCCGCGCAGGUGCACUGUGUGUCGCCAAUCGGGCCAUGACAAGCGCAGCUGUCGCCAGACGUCACAGAGCAAACCACAGCCACAACAUCAGAAGCAGCAGCAGAAGCAGACACAGAAGCAAAAGGCACCCCAGUCGGGGCAGACACAAAGCUCACCACCACUGCCACCACUGCCACCACUACCACCACUGCCAGACCUCGCAAAGGCCAGGGCGUCGUUGCUACAGCUGCGCAAGUUGAAUGAUGAGUUACAGGCAGCGGUGCGCGAGCGAGACGAGGUACAGGAGGUGGUGGACGACCUCCUCGAUCCAGUGGAGCAUGACAGGGCCGCGCGCAGCCUGAAGGACAAGCAGGUGGUGGCUGACACGAAGCACCGCCACUUCCUGCACGCGCUGCAGGCCCUGAAAACAAUGCUUCUGAAUGAGCUACAGGAGUUUCAGGCCUGCAGAAGGGCUGCCAAGAGCCGGAAGGAGGCACUCGCAGAGGAGCACGCGGCCAAGCAGGAGGCACUCGCAGAGGAGCACGCGGCCAAGCAGGAGGCACUCGCAGAGGAGCACGCGGCCAAGCAGGAGGCGCUCGCAGAGGAGCACGCGGCCAAGCAGGAGGCGCUCGCAGAGGAGCACGCGGCCAAGCAGGAGGCGCUCGCAGAGGAGCACGCAGCCAAGCAGGAGGCGCUCGCAGAGGAGCACGCAGCCAAGCAGGAAGCGCUAGAGAAGCACCAACAGCGGGAGGUGGCAGACCUCGAGCAGCGACAAGUACAGGAAAUUCGCGACUGUACCCUCACCGAUGCUUACGCCAGGAAGAUAGCGGACGUCCACAGGAGCACAUGGUUAAUGACGAAGAAGGGCAUGGCGGUGUCCUCAUGGACCGGGAGCAUCCUGGAGUUUCACACGGCCCUGAAGACACAACAGCAGCGGCAGGAGGAGAACGACACAUUCAAGUUCCACAUGAACUUUCGCGGUCAGGCAAGGUUCACAUUGGAUGCGUCGGGGAGGUACCACAUAUGUGUGGCCUCCAACUUCACCCGAGGAGCACCUGAUGACGUGGGAACGCUCGGGCAAAGCUUGCUCCAGGUUGAGAGACCUGUGCUGGCAGGGUGCGACGACGGCCUGCAAGAGGUGGAGGAGGAGGAAGAGGCACGUGCAAAGUGCGAGGAACAUGGCGGCGGGGACAUGGCCAUGCAGGCGUUGGAGGAGAAGGCACGUGUGAGGGAGCGGAAGAUGGGCGAGGUGGCACGGCGGUUGCAAGCGGAGGCGAGGGAGGCGCGCAGGCGGUGGGUGAGGCUGAGACGGGCCAAGGCGAUAGACAAGCAGACACAGGAAGCAGAGGCAGAGUUUCAGGCAGCACGAGAGCGACAUGCGGCGCACCUGGACUGGCGGCGGCGGCUGCGAAAGCGGCGGCGACUCCUGCGCAUGAAGGAGCGCAACGCUCUCCUGCGCGAGAGACGUGGCGGUGUUGUGUCCAUUGACCCAGGCGUCCGCGUGCCAUUCACGCUGUGGACGGCGUCUGGGACCGUGUCCAUCGCGCAUGACGCCAUCGAGGAGCUGCGCAUGCUUCUCAGGAACGCCGAUGACAUCCGUGCUGAUGCCGACCUCCUGGAAGUAGCGGUGCAGGAGGGCGAAGCCCGGGGCGAAGGCGACGUGGCAGCCGCGCGACGGCGGCACCGGCAGCAGCUGCGCGUGGUGAGGAACCGCGUGGACCACCUUCAUCGAGUCGUCGCCAAUUAUCUUGUGAUGUCGUUCCGCGUCGUGCUGCUGCCGCGCUUCGGCACCAGCCGGAUGAUCCGCCGGUCCGGUCGCCCGUUUGGCCGCGACACGGCUCGCUCCAUGGGCGUCUGGGCACACCACCGCUUCAGGCAGCUGUUGUUGGACCGCGCGGAGAGGGAGCCUGGGUGCACGGUUGUGAUCUGCGAUGAGGCGUGGACGUCGAAGACCUGCGGCCGCUGCGGGCGGCUGCACCACAGCCUCGGCGCUGACGAUGUGUUCGCAUGCCCCCACGACAGCUGCAGAUAUGUCGCCGGCCGCGACGCCAACGCAGCCCGCAACAUUCUGUUGCUGUGGCUGUACCGGAACGACAUCCAGCUUGCACCGGUGCCAGCUCCUUAG